AUGGCAUCGACGUACAACCAACCAUUCCGCCUUAUGCCUCUAACCCACAUCCUCGAGAGCCCCACGUCCCGUCGCGAGAGGCUCAGCGGCUCAGAGACUUCAACAACGACUGUGCAACUCAAGGAGUCAGUCAUCGACUCAUUACAAGCCGGCUUGACUUUCGGUGGAGUACCGGUACCCGUAUCCACAGGAAACCACCUCACAUAA